GUAUCUUUGCAGGGAUUAGCAGUUACAUGCGAGGUAUGCCCACACCACUUAUUUCUCUGCCAAGAUGAUUUGAAUCGAAUAGGCAAUGGACGAGGUCAGGUAAGGCCUACUCUAGGAACAAAGGAGGAUCAACAGGCUCUCUGGGACAAUAUGGACGUUGUCGACUGUUUCGCAACUGAUCACGCACCACACACCAUGCAAGAGAAAUCUUCCGAAAAACCACCUCCAGGUUUUCCCGGUUUGGAAACUAUGUUACCACUAUUAUUAAACGCAGUACAUGAGGGAAAGCUGACUAUAGAGGAUAUUAUAGACAAAUUAUAUCGCAAUCCCAAAAGAAUCUUCAAUAUUCCCGAUCAGCGUAACACGUAUGUCGAGGUCGAUCUGGAUGAUGAAUGGAUCAUUCCGGAAGCGAUGCCAUAUAGCAAAUCAAAAUGGACGCCUUUCACUGGCAUGACUAUUCGUGGUUCCGUGCAUAGAGUAGUUUUAAGAGGUGAGGUUGCUUACGUCGAGGGACAAGUAUUGGUAAAUCCUGGAUUCGGUCAAGAUAUCAGGGAUGUGCAAUACAAAACGAAAGUUCCACCGACGCUCCAUACACCGGCAGCGUCCAAUCAGCUUGCAGAAACUAUUUACAAACCAUUGUCAUUAUUAGACAGUCUUUUAUCACCGAACUAUGAAAAAUCUGUCUUACACGGCGAUCGCGUCGCCGAUUUGCACGAGGACGAACAAAUUGAGUCGUUUACGCAUCUCUUGCAACCGGCAUCACACAAAUCGACUGUCCAUUUUGCCCCAUACACAGAUGUCGACAAAGAAUAUCCCAAAGCAUUGCCUUCUCAAAGGACUGUCUCACCGUUACCAAUUAACAAUGUUACUAGAUAUAAAAGUGACAGUAAUUCAAAUCUCCUUACAACUGCCGUCACAUCAGUUCCAAUUGUCCAUGCAAACAAUAGUCUAGUCGGACAUCACGUGCUCACUGUGGAUAUUUUUAAUAAAGAAAUAUUGAAGGAUAUAUUCCAUUUAGCGGAAACUUUUCGAAAUGCUAUCAGAAAAGAGCGACCUCUGGAUCAUAUUUUAAAGGGGAAGAUAAUGGCCUCUGUCUUCUAUGAAGUUAGUACGAGAACAUCAUGUAGCUUUGCUGCUGCAAUGGAACGACUCGGUGGUCGUGUAAUAUAUAUGGAUGGUACUACCUCAUCUGUGAAAAAGGGUGAAACUUUAGAAGAUUCAAUAACAAUUAUGGCUGGAUACGCAGAUGUGAUUGUACUCAGACAUUCAGAACCAGGUGCGGUAGCUAGGGCAGCCCUACAUUGUAGGAAACCAAUGUUGAAUGCUGGUGAUGGAGUUGGCGAACAUCCGACGCAAGCAUUGUUGGAUAUAUUCUCUAUUAGAGAUGAAUUCGGAACCGUGAAUGGUCUUACAAUUACCAUGGUAGGAGAUUUAAAACAUGGCAGAACCGUGCACUCUCUUGCAAGGAUGUUGACCUUGUACAACGUAGAACUUCGCUAUGUUAGUCCACCUGGCCUCGGCAUGCCGGAUCAUAUUGUUAAUUUUGUUGCUGAGCGUCAUAUUCCGCAAGAGAGGUUUACAACUCUGGAAGAAGUUCUGCCUGACACUGAUGUGCUUUAUAUGACGCGAAUACAACGUGAACGGUUUGCUACACAAGAGGAAUAUCAUAAGAUGUGUGGACACUUCAUAAUCACUCCGCAGCUGAUGUCUCGAGCGAAAAGGAGGAUGGCAGUAAUGCAUCCUCUUCCACGUAUCUUUGAAAUCAGUACGGAAUUCGACACCGACCCACGAGCAGCUUACUUCCGACAAGCAGAAAAUGGUGUUUAUGUGCGCAUGGCAUUACUAGCUAUGGUUCUUGGACGCAUUUAAUCGGAUCGUGGCCAUUCGUCUCUGGAUCAAGGUAUUUAUUGAAGGAGGUCAAUCACGCAUGCCAAGGAAAACAUAUUCUCGCCAUUUCUAUCAGACUGUGAUGUGAUUCGCAAGAGUCAAAUCGAAUACUUUCCUGACAUUCCAAAAUUAACCGCGACGAGUAUAGUGAUCAGAUUUAUAAAAAAAAGUACAAACAAAGUAUAAAAAAAAUAUUACGGAGAUACUUUUAAUAGACUAUAGAC